CCCAGACACAUUAUAUAUUCUGUAAAUCAGAACAACUAAAUGAAUUUAUUUUUAAUUACUUUCCUUAACACAAGAUGAGCUAAAACCAGCUUGAGUUCUGAGCGGGGACCCACCGAAGGGCAGGCUAUUUUAGCUGCUGUCCGUUCUCAGAAUACUCUUGCGACCCGUUUUUUACUUUCCUUAAUCUGCACUAAUUAUGCACACAUUAUUAUUGCAAAAACUGUAAAAAAAAAAAAAAAAACACGAAAAUUUUCACCGGGCCGAUACUCAAGGAGACUGAAGGUGGGGGUGCCGAGAGAAGCCCUAUGACAAGGGGGCCAGGAGGUGGCCAUCAAAAAAUGCUGUUGUCAUUAAGUGAAAGCCAAGCUUCUGAAGCUCUGACCUUAAAGGGUUAAUGAAAGAUUCCCAAUACUAACUAAAUAAGUGCAAUACUGAAUAAGGCCAGCAGGUGGCGUAUGCGCACUGCCGAAGCGUUCCAAACGGAAGAAGCACAGUGUAGCCUCCCCCUCAAUACUCUCGAGGCUGGGAGGGUCCUCGCUGUCCUUGGGUACAGUCCCCGGUUACUGCAGAUCACUUUCAGCAAGUCCACCGCAUGCAAAGCGUGCUUCCUGCUCUCCCAGGGCUCCAGGACCUGCCUGCAGUCCCUAAUGUCCCAGCAGGGUGAGUGGGGAGAUACAAUGUUUGUAUGGAAUGCCAUGUAGCAGGUUACCCCCCCAGCCAGGUGUGUGCAUAGUGAGAGAGGGCAGGAUCUGUACACAAGGGGUUAACACUCUCCCAUUAUUCAGAGGAAGGUGAGUUUCCUGGGUUGCAGUUUUGAUUGACAGAUCUGGGAAAUGCAACUCGCAGACUGCUUGCUAUUGGCUGCACAUAGGAAGUGACUUAAGAGGGGUCAGUUGGGGGGGCACCACCAGUGCCACCCAUCUCCAUGUCAGCUGUAAUAUAGAGCAGAUUAUUAUUCCAGGUACUGCUAGUCCUGUGUUACUCUGAUGGCUGGCUGAGCUCCAUGAGAAGUGCAGUUCAUAGCAGCUCUAUAGAAUGACACUGCAUAGCAGGCUGAGCCAACCAAGUGGCACCUGAUCAAACCGAGUAAGAGGAAGAAGCUUCUCAUCAGUCAGUGGUUUCAUUUCAGAAAGCUUCCAUUUCACAGAAAAAAAAAGAAUUUACCAUCUGUGACCUCAAAGCACACAGCUACCAUUUAAAGAGCCAUAACAGGCUGGAGAUGGCCAGUUAUUAGUAUUUUAACAGAUCAUGCAUUAAAAUAUGUGCAAAACAAUAAAUGGAAAAAAUAGAGGCUUGCAUAUGGAGGACCAGCGUUUUGUCAAAACUUUUAUUGUACUUCCUGAGUGUUCUUCUACUUUUGCUCUCUUAUAAGAUGUCUUAGAAUGACAGGGGAUUAUGGGAGUUGUAGUGCAUGAGAAGGGUAGAGUUCGUCAAUGAGUACUACGUAGUAUGUUUAUAUUUUAUGGGUGAACAUUUAGGGUUGGUUUCUGAUUGGCCAUUAUAUAACAUUUAACAUGAUUUUUAUUUUUAUUUUUUUGCUUUAACGAAUUUCCUCCCUAAUGCUAAUGUAUAACAAUAAGAAAGUAUUACUGUGGUUAUGAAAUGAAUGGGAAAAAAUGACCAGAGAUUGAGGGGGAGGGUUAGUUAUUAUGUAAACAGCGAGUUGUGGUUAGAAGAAAAUAGACCAGCUUUUAUUUCUAACACUGCUUUAUUUGGUCUUAGAUUCUGUAAUAACCUCACACGUUCAGAAUGUAUCGUUAUAGCUUUUAUGCUCAUUAAUAUUGAACUCCCCUAAACCCUUAAACGUAAUUAUGACCAUUCUUUUCGUUGUCCUAAUGCAGCACUAGCACUUUUCUUAUUUUAUGAAGGAUUAAUCUUAAAACCCUUGUAGAUUGCAUUGAAAUUUCUCAACACAAUCAGAAGAUAUGCAUGCAUAGAAAUGUUUUUUGGCAAAACUUUGGAACAGGCACCAUCUCACUCGAUGGCUACGGACUUUCAUUGUGCGAGUAUGAGAUCAUCUUUGAAAGAUCAUCUGCUUUCUAAAUAUCUUCAGUAAACCUUUUGUAUGUAUGCUCUGGCUUGCACAAGAGGUCAACAGUGAUCCAACUCCUGUUAGAUGAAGCCACCAGGUGCUGGAGAUUUGAAUAAGGAAGAAGAUAACGUUGCUGAGGAACGAGAGGGCUUGUGUAAGUUUGCUAAUGUUUUGACAACUUGCGUGAUGUCCACCAGGUGCUGGCCAUCCCCUCCAUUGACUACUUACCUGGGGUCAGCCGAGAGCCGCUUCGUGCCUCUCUGUAGUAGGAAGCACCCAAGUAAGUUGUCAAACCAUUAGCAAAUAGUUUGACUACUUACAGAGGGGCAUUGAGCAUUCAUUAUGCUGUAGUGGUGAUGGUUUUUGGAUUAUUCCUUUAGCUUUUACACCAUUACACAAAGAUUAACAUCAUGCGCAAGGCCUCACCACUGCAUGAAAUAACAGCUGAACAAUAUUUAUUUCAAGUUUAAAUGGUCUAUGUGUAAAAGCAAUAGAUACCAAUAGCAUAGAAGAGGUCCAAGCACUCCAAUGGCUUUAGACACGUUUAUUUGAACAUGAGGAACACUUCAAUGUUUCGACCCAAGAUUGGAUCUUUGUCAAGCUUGACAAAGACCCAAUCUUGGGUCAAAACGUUGCAGUGUUCCUCACGUUCAAAUAAACGUGCCAGAGUGCCUGGAUCUCUUCUCUGCUGCUAUCUACUGCUGUGAGGCUUGUGCUGGCCCAUAGUCUAGUUUAGCACUUUUGGUUUAUGUGGACUGAGUGUGGUUCCUAUUGGUAUAUGUGUAAAAGCAGACAUUUCAAAUAGAAUAUCUUUGAGUGGUAUAUUGCACCAUGAACGACAUGUAUAACAACAACGUACAUUGUUACCGUGAUAAAUAAUUUAUACCAAAAAUUGCCAGCUAGUGAGUGUUUGAUUUUUUAUUUUUUUUUAACUUCUGUUUUAUAGCACUUUGACUGUAGUCCAUUGUAAAUUGUGUGUACAGCCCCAAUAAAUUCUGUAAACGAGGUAACUAAACAUUUUACUUCAGCGCCAGCAUGUUUCUAACUAAAAAUCUUGCAUCAAAUACAGGUUAACGUGCGGGCACUUCUUUUCCCACCGUUAACACAGUGUCAUAAUUACAGACCAGAGAUCUAGGACUUGCAGAAUCUAGAAAGUUCAUUGAGUGAGAUCCAGUAAUUUUAUUGGUGUGCGUACAAUAAAUAAAUUUCCUAAAUGGUGAUGUAUAGUUUAUUCAGACUUGAGACUCCUCGUUUGUUCUUUUACCUGUUGACUGAAGAUAAGGAGUUUUAACCUAAAAAAUAUAUCGCUUGCUUAUUUGCAUACUGUUCAUUUUCCAUUUAAAACUUUGUAACAACAAAUCUUUUGUUCUUUUUCCCUUCUACUUUCAGCAGUUGUCGAAAGAACAAGAUAAUGGAGAGAGCAAGCCAUUGCAGUUAUGUCCUGCAACAGCUGUACAGCCAGCGGGAAUGGGGAUUUCUCUGUGACUGUUGUAUAGCUAUUGAGGAUAUUUACUUCCAGGCUCACAAAGCCGUCUUAGCGGCCUGUAGUUCUUAUUUUAAAAUGAUGUUCAUAAAUCAACAGCACGCAGGCGCACAACUUAACCUCAGCAGCACAAAAAUCAGUGCCGAGUGUUUUGAUCUCAUCUUACAGUUUAUGUACUUGGGGAAAAUACUGACCGCCCCAGAAGACUUUGAACAACUUAGGAAUGCUAUGAGCUACUUACAGCUGUAUGUGAUCCCUGGUAGCUUGGAAGAUAUACAAGAUCUGGACAACUCGAGUUUUAGAUGCUCAUCCUCUGCUUCAAGUAGUGUCAGUAGUAAAAUGGUUUUUGGAGUUCGCAUGUAUGAGGAAACAAUAUCGAAGAGUGGAGAAGAGCCCAGUAGAUGGACUUCGGAACCCUCUUUGUCAAUGAAUGUUCUACAGGAGAAGAAGGUUGAUGUGCGGAAGCAGACACAUGAUGCCUGUAAGAAAACUCCUCUUUCCAAAGUUUCGAACACGAGGGAGCGUGUGUCACGGCGUUUUGGGAGAAGUUACACAUGUGACAGUUGUGGCUUUGUGUUCAGUUGUGAGAAACUUCUAGAUGAGCAUGUUCAAACAUGUACCAACCGGCACUCUUACCAAAGCAAAGAGUCUUGUAGUAGUGACCAAAACGAGAGAGAUUCUCCAAAUCCCAAGCUUUCUCCAUCUCAAGAUAACGGAUGCAAAGUAGAUUCAAGUCAAUCUAUAGAGGAAUCUUUAUCUUCUACAAGUACAAAAAACUCAGGAGUUACGUUGGGCCAACUGAAAAAUUCAGUCGUUGACACUACAGUUAAAAAUCCAGUAAUAAUCAAAAUUGAGUCGGAUGAGAAUUCACUGGUUGAAAUGGAUGAUAUAAACAUUGUUAAAAUCUCAGAUAAAGAUUUCUUGGAGUCUUCCGAUAUUGAUGAUCUAGAAGACGAGCCAGACGAAUCCCUCAGGGCUUACUAUGUUAGUGAGGAUUAUAAUAAAAAUGCAAUUGAGUCAUGUAUAAGAAGCCAGCUAUCAACAAACUCACAGCAAAAGGAUAUACAGUGCAGAAAAAAUAUGCAAUAUCUGAAUCAGAAAUUAACAUCAGAGGCUGACGAUUCAGCCGAUACGGUGUGUGAACUAUGUGGCUUGCCCAUUACAGAAGAGGACCUAUCUUCUCAUUAUUUAUCCAAACAUUUAGAAAAUAUAUGUGCCUGUGGUAAAUGUGGACAAAUCCUUGUAAAAGGUAGACAGUUACAGGAACAUGCACAAAGAUGUGGUGUACCCCCAGACCAAAUGGAAAGUGACAAUGCAAACAAUGAGGAAAGAAUACAUUUUGAUGAUCAUGCAGAGGAGCCUUCUACAGCAGGAGAUGUCGUGGUGGAUAUGUGGACGGACAUAGACGACCGCAACAUUCCAAAAAAUGACAAUUUGAAAAAGCAACUCUAUAAACAUGCAGGUAGCCCUUUUCGCUGUCCAAACUGUGGGCAGCGGUUUGAGUCUGAAAACCUGGUGGUGGAACAUAUGUCCCAGUGUUUGGAUAACGAAGGUUACAGGAAUUCUGUUUUGGAUGAGAACGAUCGCGAUCACAGGAGAAAACAUUUUUGCAACAUUUGCGGUAAAGGAUUUUACCAGCGUUGCCACUUACGAGAGCAUUUUACAGUUCACACAAAGGAAAAGCAGUUUUCAUGCCAAACUUGCGGAAAACAAUUUUUGAGAGAGCGCCAAUUGCGACUGCAUAAUGAUAUGCACACGGGAAUGGCUCGCUACGUCUGCUCGGUGUGUGAACAGGGCAACUUCAGAAAACAUGACCAUGUCCGUCACAUGAUCUCUCACUUGGCAGCCGGAGAAACUAUAUGUCAAGUCUGCUUUCAGAUAUUCCCAAAUAACGACCUUCUAAGUGAACACAUGGAUAUACAUCUGUACACUUGUGGAGUUUGUGGCGCAAAGUUUAACUUGAGAAAAGACAUGAGAUUCCACUAUAAUUCUAAGCAUUUUAAAAAAAACUAGACCAUGCCAGCAUACCAAACGAUGAACACUCCUGUGGAUUGGUCUUCAUGUUUAAGAAAUUAAAUUCUAAAAAUUUCAAGUUUGAAAUACAUAUACAUGUAUAUUAUUUUAAUAUAUAUUUAUAAAAGCAUCUUCUAGCAGAAGCCACGUUGUUUGUGUGCUUCAGCCAAGGUCUUCUAGUAUGCGUUUAGCAAAACAGCCUACUUGCAUUGAUCUCUAAUUCUAUAUCAAUUCUAUAUCUCAAAGUUACAAAUAUUUUUUCCCAUAUAAUUGCACUCUUUUUGUAAAUGCGAUUUGAUCUUCCAGUUUCUAUAUGACUUUGUUAACAAUAUGUUAUCUAAAUCUACCUUUUUACAAAGUAUUGAUUUAGCCCCUUUUUAGAUUUAUAUUCGUAAUUUGGACUAACAUAAUGCAUAUUUUCUGAUCAGUUAGUGUUGGAGGGGGAUGUAUUUCUUAAUUAUUUUUUUUUCUUUAAGUUAAUACAAAGAAGCAUUAAUACAUUGAAAACUAACGAAUGUUUAUUUUUUAAUUAUUUCAAUUUAAAAUCUUUUUUCUUUCUUUUUUUUUUUUUCAUUAUCUGGUUAUUGGGUGACCUGAACUCCUGUCUAUAUAUUGCUCUUUCUGUGAAAAUGGUUUUGUUAAUUGGUACAUGACCUGCAAUAAUGUUAUUUUUAAGAAAUUGUUUGGGUCUUCCAGUACGUUUUGCUUGUCUCUUAUUUUCUAAGACAACUUUCUAAGUCAUACAGGGUAGGAUGCAGGCUUUUUGAUCAAAGUUAAAUCAGUGAGCGCUAUUUCAGAUUAAUUAAUCUAGUAAAUAUGUAAUAUAUGAAUGUAAUUAGUAAAGCAUUGUAUGAUUAACAAUAAAAUAUAUGGAUGGGUAAUGCCGAAUCUUAUUAGUUCUCUUCAAUAAUAUGCACACGCGUAAGAAUGAAGACUAAAGAGUACAAAUAUACAAUACUGUGACUCCUCGAACCAUAAUCCAAGGACCUUGGUUAAUUAUUCAAAAGUUACUCCGAGUACCACAACCACUUAAGCGAUUUGAAGUUGUCAUAGUUCCUG